AUGACAACUGCACCGCCAGUGCAUCAUCCUGGCCCCGAUAGUGGUAUACCCGGCCAUCUCGUCAACCAUCUUCCUCGCUAUCACCCUAUUGCUAUGAAUCCGAAUCCGCCUCCACACCAAAUGCCACCUCCGGAGCAGAUGGUGCAGAGCCACCAUUUCCGUCAUUUUGCGCCGCCUAUGCAUGAACAUCAUCCUCCGCAAGGAGUGCCACCAGUACACAGUCCAGCUUCUUUGGAACAUAUUGAAGCUCGACUCCGGCAUCUAGAGCAUGAGGAAAUGGCUCGGAAUGCAGCCCGUAGUCGCAUUCUGGCAAUGCGCAAGCAUGAAGACGAGGAAUUUCGGUCAAUGACCGAGCGAGCCGAGGCAGAGGAAGAGGACCUUCGAAGACAACGCAAAAAGUUAAAGAGAGAGUCGAUGGGUCUGGGACUCAACGCUACGAGCGACUCGCCGCCUCUACGUCCCACACCACCUCGCCGAUUAUCAGAGACUAGUGCAGCAACAACAUUGGCUUUCUUCAAGCAGCAGAGCCCCCCCCGAGCCCCUGCGGGCUCCAUCCGCCGCAAGCAAAAAUACACUAUCAAAAAUGUAGAGGCAUGGGGCGAACGCCACGGUCGACCCGCAGCCCAUGACCCAUCCGGGCGAGCGUUGUGGAAGCGACCCUCCGACGGAAGCUUAGUAUAUCUCACCUGUCCGAUCCAUGGCUGCGGGAAAUCCGACUUUGUCACCCUCCACGGCUUUAUGUGCCAUCUCACCAAGAAACACAAAGACCGCACACUGGGCAGCCAGUCCCGUGCCCUCGAAGUCUGUGGUGUAGUCUACGACCCGAACGCUCCCCUCCCGCCAGUCAUGAACAGCCACCGUGCCUCAACAGAAGGAAGCCCGCUGGGCUCUAUUCCCAUGGACCACGAAGGCGACCAGCACUACGAUGACAUGGACUCCGAGUCCGAGGGUGAACUCGAACGCGAGGGCUCCUACCGAGUCAAAACCGAAGUUAUAGAUCGGUUCAUGCCCGAGGCCGAGGGCACUCCCAUUGAAUCUGCUGCGGUAACAUCUCCUAAGCACGCAACCAACGGAUCAACCAAGCAGUCCAUCUCGUCUAUUAUCGACCGCACCCCGGAAACUGAUUCCCGAGAGGUGUUGGCGACACUUCCAACGUCAGAAUCGGGUAUUCAGGGUCCAUCCCCUACACCAACCGAGUCAUCUGUGCCUUCGAAGCGCAAAUACGAAUUCUCACCGCCAGCUGCGGAAAAGGAAAACGCGGAGCCUUAG